CAAGGAGCACGUGAAGGCAUCAUCGCUCUGAUUCAGUCAAGCACGCGGCCAUUCACAGUUUGGUCCCUUCGAUGACUCUGAAUGACUAGCCGGCGCGCGUCUCCCUCGCCAUUUAGACACAUUUAGAACUUUGGGUCGAAGCGGUGGAUUUUUACAGGCGAGUUAAAAUCCAGGUUGAGUGUGCGAAACGAUGCUGAUGAAGUUGGAAAGUAAUGAGCGAGGAUGAAGCUGCCGGGAAGCCCGCUUUGUUCGGAGGAGCGCAAGGCUUUUGUGCCUCUGUCAUCCCGCAGCUCAUCCCCUGCUGCUUUGUCUUCACUUGGCCCUCCGAUACCGACCGUGACCGUCAGUGUGGUUUGUCAGUAUUGGACUGCGACCAGCAGCAGCAGGUCAGCACCAUGAGUCUAUACGGGGCCGGUGCCAGUAGCUGUGCCAUCGGCGGAGCAAGAGAAAGAGGAGGCGCAGAACAUUACCGGGAGCAACAGUGGCGUUCCAGCGACCGCUCACGUGACUCCUCCCAUGAGAGAGGAGAAAGCCAGCUGACGCCCUGCAUCAGGAAUGUCACUUCUCCUACUCGGCAACAUGACCGUGAACGUGGCGAUGGAGGCUCAUCCUCCAGAUCCUCCAGUCCACGUCCUCCCAGAGUUUCUAUUCCGUAUUCCCACAUUGGAGGGGCCCUGAUCGGGGGACACAUACCUCGGUCCCUGGGUCCUCCUGGAGCAGACCACCACUUGAAGACGCUGGGCCCCGGAAUGUCCGAUAUGAUCUACGUGUAUGACCUCAGCAGUAAAGAGGGGCAUCGCAGUGGACUGAGGCUGGGAGAGAGAGUAACGCUUAUUGUGGAUAAUACAAGAUUUGUGGUGGAUCCUGCCAUCUUCACAGCUCAACCAAACACCAUGCUGGGCAGGAUGUUUGGUUCUGGGCGUGACAACAACUUUACGCGACCAAAUGAAAAAGGGGAGUUUGAGGUGGCCGAUGGCAUCAGCUCCACUGUCUUCAGAGCCAUUCUGGAUUACUACAAGUCGGGGAUAAUCCGCUGCCCUGAUGGCGUUUCCAUUCCCGAGCUGAGGGAGGCAUGUGACUACCUCUGUAUCUCCUUCAACUACAGCACCAUAAAGUGCAGAGACCUCAGCGCCCUGAUGCACGAGCUGUCUAAUGACGGGGCCCGGCGUCAGUUUGAGUGUUACUUGGAGGAGAUGGUGUUGCCGCUGAUGGUGGCCAGCGCUCACAGCGGAGAGCGGGAGUGUCACGUGGUGGUGUUGACUGAUGACGAUGUGGUGGACUGGGAUGAAGAGUACCCUCCACAGAUGGGAGAGGAGUACUCACAGAUCAUCUACAGCACCAAACUGUACCGCUUCUUCAAGUACAUAGAGAACAGAGAUGUGGCCAAGUCAGUGUUGAAGGACAGAGGACUGAAAAAGAUCCGGCUGGGAAUAGAAGGCUACCCGACCUAUAAAGAGAAGGUGAAGCGGCGUCCUGGAGGUCGUCCAGAGGUCAUCUACAACUACGUCCAGCGUCCCUUCAUCCGCAUGUCCUGGGAGAAGGAGGAAGGGAAGAGCCGCCAUGUGGAUUUCCAGUGCGUUAAGUCAAAGUCCACCACCAACCUGGCCGCGGCCGCCGCAGACAUUCCCCAGGACCAGCUGGUGGUCAUGCACCCUCCCGGGCCACAGGUGGACGAGCUGGACACUCUGCCACAGCCGCCGGGCGUCAACGAACCCCAUCAGCUGUGGCUCGGACAGGGACCGGAGAACAAUGCGGGCCCCCAGCUAUCGCAAGGCUACGAGGGCCAGAACCAGCAGGCUCAGGACACUACGCACAGCCUGUCCCACAGCAACCAGCAGCAUGGCGGCAGCUACACUCAGGCCACUUACCACUACGAGCCGGACCCAGACACACCGUCACCCUCUGCAUGAUACUGGCUGCACGCUUAAUCCAUCCCUCCACUGCUGUGUUCACACUAACAGCAACAAGUGCUUUUAUUUACAUAAUUUCACUAAGACAAAUUCUGAGCUAGGAAAUGCUAAACUAAACUAUAACUAAAAAAUAAACAACUUUCACAUAAUUGUAAUGUGAGCAUUGAUUAUCAAACUUGCAGUCCUUCCACAAAAUGUAGGAAAUUGGAAGUAGUAACACUGGUAAAGAAGCUAAGAAGCACAGACACCUGGCCUUUAACAGCCAAUAAGCACACAAGGUUUAAGUUGUUGCUACUUGUUGCUUUCAGUGUGAAGGCAGACUUUGCUCUCCCGCUCCCCUUCUGCACCUCCUGAGUGGGAAAACACCACUUUGCCUUCUGUUGCACCUCCGCUGCAGCCUUUCUCAGUCAACACAGUGUCCGAAUGAGCGGAAAUUGUCCAGCAGCCAAGGAUGAAUGAAGCACAAUCAGCAGGCCUCCUCACCCACCUCUGGUCACUCUAUUUGUUUUUUAUUUAUCUGACCAAAGGACAGUUUAGUUGCAUUCUGUAUACAUGUGGAAAAAAACAGUACUGUAUUUAAUUGCAUUGAAGCAUGUGUAAGAGCUGUGAGCGUGUGAACUGUGCUGCUGGGAUACUGUACCUUACUGGGAAAGUGGAUUUCAGUCCCUCUUUAUAGUCGGUCUUUAUUUGGAGGCUAAGAUCCACUUUUUCUAGUAAAUGUGAAUGCCUUGAUGAAAGGGUUUUUGUUUUACACAACAUCCAGGUUUUAAGAAAAUGAUUAACUUCCUUAAUUUUUUAACCCAGUUGAUUUGGUUCCUAGUUCAUGUUGAGUCCAUGUUUUCACUCUUUUGCUCCACUCCUGUUUGUUCUAGCUGACCUGCAUCACCACUGCUGUGAGCACACAGGAUGUCAGAAGAGAUGUUGAACAAAAUGUUUUUCUAAUAAAUGGUAUACACAACACUCUUCUUGAA